AUGCGAAUCUUCAACAAAAAUGCAUCACGAAAAGCCAGGACCACGAGCAUCGCGUCGGUGGUUAGCACAAACUCCUCUCAUGACGAAGAAUCGCACAAAGUUGCCGUUUCGCGGUCCCUCGGUGCAGCACUAUGGUCUUGCGCCAUUCACCUCCUCCCCAUCGCAGUGUCGUCUACGAUAAUCGCACUGAACAUCAGGGGAACAUAUCUAGGAGCGGACUUAAUGUCCCCAGUGCGAUCUGAGACGAUCAAUCUCAUGCUCUUCCAACUAGCCGCCAAAGCACAUGAAAUCACCAUCGUUGCUAGCCUGGGCAUCAUCGUCCUGCAGUUUGUCCGACAAGAACUGCUGUGGGGUGAUGGUUUGCCGCUUGGUCUUCUGGGCUCGGGACUUGCGUUCAACCAUCUCGAAUAUUUCUUCUCGAAGGAGUUCUACGGUAGUUUACGAUAUGUUCCGGCCGCUGGGCUCAAGUCCCGCAAGGUCGCGCUGAUAGUCGUUAUCAUCAUCGCCGGGAUUAUCGCAACGCUAGCUGGACCCGCGAGUGCUGUCCUGCUGGUUCCCAAGUCACAAGACUGGAGUGCGGGUGGGACACCUUUUUACCUCUCUGGUACAGAGGACGUUUUUUGGCCCAGCAGUCUAGCAGGAGACUUGUCUGAAGCGCAGCAAUUAUGCGGCAACGGUCGUUCAACGCAUCUCGGAGUAUGUCCAGGAGGCGGCUACCAGUCACUUUGGAGUCACUGGGGAACUCUGAACAGCAGCACAUAUCAGAGCGAAAGUAUCCGGCCCUACGCAAAAGAGCUAUCGGGCUCGCAAUUUUACUGGCGAGUCUCCAGCCCAUCGUCCAUGGUUGCACCUCUUUACGCUCUGGGCGAUGUUCAGCCGGGGCCAAAUGGGAAGACUACGCUUGUUCAGCCACAUGCUGCCCCGGCCACGGUCCUCCAGCAGGUUUCCAAGGACUGGUGGGAGGCUCUUAGCGUGCAGAAAGGGCUGGCGGCAAAUCAAGUUGAUGACCGUGUCGCUGCGGCCACGUUCAAGAAUGCCAUCACCGUGGCCCGCUGUGGGCCACCGGAGAAACUGAGCGCUGACAGAAGCACCGUCCACUUCCCUUCGAUCAACGGCCGCUUCAACUAUGCCAACAACCUGCCCCUCGAAGUUGAUACCCUCAGCCCUAACCGGACGGACCACCUGCGCUUUCAAUGGGUCCAUCUCCCCGCACGGUUCGGCGCGGCCAGCAUCGGAGCGGUGUUUGAGUCGCCCUGGGGGAGUCAGUGGGAAGGUAGCGCUUCACGGGCGGUAAUGGGCUGUACGGUACAGGCUGGAUGGGUUCCAGCAACAGUAUACACGGACAAGUACACCUUUUGGACCGGCUGGUACCCGUGGAAUAUUCUUUUUGGGGAUCGAACCCCGGCGUACAAUCAGGGUUCCAGCGAGUCGACAAACGGCCGGGUUGCGUUCGGAGGCGACUGGCUUGGUCUUUUGACUCCACCCGCUCCUAUCACGACGCCUAAUGCCUCAGACUGGCACCCAUCGACUAUUGAGAGCAUCUUCGUGAAUGCGGGCUUGGCCAAUAACACGCAAUCUGACAACUCAACAGAGAGCACGCCAUCAGACGCCUGGCUCGCGGAAGACACCUCAAGCUGGCAAAUGGUCUCCCUCGUCGAGUCCAUUAUCUGCAGCGUCGUCGUCGACGGACUCAGCCGGACAGGAAGCCACCGAGUCUUCGAUACCUCAGGUCCAUCCCCCGACUGGCCCAUAGCAAACUACACCCCGCUCCAUAAAUUCAACAGCCUAGUCCUCGACAGCAAACCUGCCCUCCAACCGCCAUCAAACAACCCAGAGGAGUAUAUAACCCUCCAAGCCACCAUGAAAAUCAGCGGCUUCUCAAUGCAGAGCUCUCUCUCCACCUACCUCUCCAUGUCUGUCCUUUUAGUACACAUGGUCAUGGCGACCAUCCACAUCAUCUUCCUGCUCGUCAAGCGGCACACGUCCGGAAGCUGGAGUACAGUCGGCGAGCUUAUUGCGCUCGCGCAGAACUCUCCACCCGCUUAUGAAGCUCUCGCCAAUACGGGCGCGGGGAUACAGCACUCGAAGACGUACUCGCAUGUCGCGCGGAUCAGGACUAUUCGCAAUGCGGGGUCAGCUGAGACGAAGCGUAUCGAACUGCAAUUCGAGGAACCACCUGCCUCCGUCGGUACUGAGAGUGAUAAUCCCGGGCGGGAACUGCAUACUCUGCGAGAUACCUUGCUUCGCCAUCCAGCUACGUGGCCGAAGCACCGGGCUCGGUACGGCGGUGGCAAUGGCGAUGCCUGGGGCUCCGCGGGCUCGAGGGAACAUUUGGUCCCCGGACUCACGGAGCCGGGGAGAGAAGCCGGACGUGUGCAGCUUGAUAGUCGGUAUGGAUAG